UGUGGUUUCUAUGGUGAUAUGAUUUCCCCACUGUUAUUCGCCUCAGAACCUUGUGCCGAAGCCCCCGCAAGGCCCCAGGCCCAGCCGAGAGGCAAAUAUAGCAAAGGCAGAAAAGAAGGCCACAGAGGUUAUCAAGGCUAGAAGGUCUAGGGAGGCUAAGUAUGGGGUGAAAAAACUAAGCCGCCAAGUAGUUGGUAUGUUGGCACUGCCUCAAACUCUAACUCAAACAACCAGUUACAGUGAGUAUUCAUCUCCACUUCCAAAAUACCUGGAUUUAUUGAUAGAAUUCUAAAACGAUAUAUGGUGGAAGGAUCCACUAAUGUCUACGAUCCUCUUUCUGUAGGUGUCCUGCCAGCUAUCAAGAAGGGCACUAAAGUUACUAAAAUGGAUACAACAGAACCCCUAUGUCCCUUGACACCUGAUGGGGAGAUAAUUAUCUCCUCUUCAUCUGUUGAUGACCUCCUGACCCCAAAGAGUGAUGUCACGUCCGAGGCUAAGAGCGAUGAUGCCUCCCGUCAAAUUGGACCUGAGGUGUUCUCUCUAACAAACUUCCUGAAGUCUCACCCUAAGAGAAAGCUUAUCAGGAACUUCCUCAAACAAAUAAACGUGACAAUAGGUGACCUGGACGAGAUCAUCAAGUGGGUGGUGUGUGUCUCCAAUGAGGUGUUCCUCCCAGUGAUGGUUCUGAUCAGGACAUCCAGUCCAGAGUCAUCAAACUCGUCCCGCUGGGGGUCAGGUGAGCUCCAGAUCAUCUCCAGGGAGUUCCACCAGCGGAGUUCUGAGCCGAAGGGAAGGCUCCUGGGUGGUCAGCCGCCCACUCCCCCUUCUGAGACCGACAAGGAGCUUCUGGGCGUAGCAGAUCUGUCUGUGAGUAACAUCCUGAAAAGGGCCCAGGAGGACCUCUUCUUUUCUGUUGAGGAUGACCUGGAGAACACCCAUCCAGACAUCAGUCUGACCGAAGAGAGGCUCUCCAGCAUCUUCUCAGAGUUGUUCAGGGACGCCUGUGAGAGUGCCCAGGAGGCCGCCAGACGGAUCCACCACAUGAGGUCUGGAAGAGGCAACAGCAGCCGGAAUGGGAGAUGCCCUGGGUUAUCACAGGGAUCGAGCAGGUCCAAUAUGCCAGAUUUGGGAGAACUGGGGUCAGAGAGGAAGCCCAAGGAAAGCGACGUCCAUAAAGUCCUUAGCGAGGGGUCCCUCCCUGCCCUUGCCCUGCUUGGGGAGAGGCCAGGGGAAGUUGGGGAGACCAGCAGCCCUGCUGGGGAGAUAGACACGACCCAGACUGCCAGCAUUCCCCGGUCUGGGCAUGGCGGCAGAAGAAGUAGGCAGACCACCGCUCCUACCACCGGCCACAGAGAGACAGGAGUCACAGCCAGUAACAUCUUUGAUGUUAUUUUUCAUCUGACGCACUCCGACACUGACCGGGAACUCCACCAGGAGUUCAGCAGUGAGGAUGAUGUUUCACUGAAUGACAUCACGGACAUGAAGUUAACCCCACCAGUGGAGCCCCUAGGGCAGAUCCUGUCCUCAUGGAAGCUGGUCAACAGGAUCUUCAGGGGGAAGGUCCACUACUUUGGAAAGGAGCUCAUCUGCAAGGUGUAUCAGAUGCUUCUGGACACCGGUAUGGGAAGGAGGCCAAUGGCCCGCCAGAGCAGGUCCGAGCCCAUCCUGAAAGACCUGGCUGCCAACCGUAGGCUCUCCGAUGAAUUUUUCACAAAUGUGCUGUACAUGUUCAUCCAACGGGCCAUUAAGAAUCUGCUGGAGAACUUCUUGGAUCUGCCGACCACCCCACCGGGUAGAGACAUUAUGUGGAAUGACAACUUCAACUGGAUGUAUAGGGACGGCUGGGGGGAGACCCCCACAUCCAGCGAGAACGAGUUGUGGGACAGCGACUCCACCUGGUCACGUGACCUUGGAGAGGAGGAGGGGGCAGAGUCCCGUGGGAGGUGGGCCGCUCUGUUAGAGAGGGGCAGCUUCCUGACCCUCCAGUCCUCCAGCUCCCUCUCCCUCUCUGAUAACAACAAGGAGGCACUAGGGGCCGUCUGCCAGGUCCUGACCACCAGGGUGGGAGACAUCCUGAACAGUACCUGCAACGACGAUUACAAGGCCAGGCUCAUCAUCCAGAAAGGAUUGGAUUCCGGUGCCAGGGAAAGGUUUCCUGGCUCUCCGUGUUCCUCUUCACCCAAGGACGAAGAGGAGGUGGUUGUAAGUGUCAUGACUGUCUCAUACCCUAAACCCUCCACCUCAACCCAGGCAGCAUGGGCAGCUCCUGCCCAGACUCUGGACGGUUUUCUGCCCAGACCCUGCCUGGAUGAAGAAGAGGUAGUCCCCAGCACCUCCAUGAAGGACGACUCUGUGACGACCACCCAUUCAGCACGGGCAGCUCCUUCCCAGACCCUGGAAGAAGAGGUGGGGGAAGCUGAGGUCUCCGAGAUGAGUGACAUCUCCCUGAUGCCCACCAAGAACAGACAGGACCCCCUGGAGAAGAUUCCCUCCCUCCUACCAGGCAAGGAGGACAUCCUCCUUCGCAGCACUCCCUCGGCCACCGUCAUGAGCCCCCAGACUCUGAAGUUUAUUCUCCACGGCAUCAUGUGCCGACUGGAGGCCUCAGAGUCCCCGCAGACAAGGAGGGCCAAUGACCCCUUCAGGCUGAUGAAGGAUCUCUUUGUGGAGGUCCAGCAUGCCCUGAAGUAUGCUGACAUCUCUGUCAUAUUUGGCCUGGAGGAGAGCAUCCAAUUCAGUGGGGAGGAUGCGGUGAAGACCAUCGUGAAGACUUUGGCUAAAAGAUUGUCCCUGCGUUCGGACUCCAACCGGGCUCAACUGCGUGCCGCACGCUCUGGUAGCGAGGGAGCCAUCAGGUGUAUGGCAGACACCAUCACACAAGUCAUAGAUGACUAUUCCGAGGACUGGAGUUCCAACGGCCAUUUUGGAGCCAGGAGGAGCCGUGGUAGUGGGAGGUCACACUCCUCUACCUCCUCAAGGAGUGACGUCACCUUCACAGAGGAGCUCCUGGCUUGGAGGGAAACCCUAGAAGAGGACCUAGAGGAGAUGGCUGAUGACAGCACUGAUUUGGAAAAGACCAGUGUAAGCUCAGCCAUCUCUGAGAAGUCCCAGGUAAUUAGCUACCUUUCUGAAAGCACCAAGCCCAUCAGCAGCGCCCUCUGCAAAGACCUCACCUCCACACAGAAAAAAGAGAAGGAAGAGGCUAUGAAGAAAGAAGUGAGGAAGUCAGGAAAGAAGAAGCGAGGAAAUAACAAGAACCAGAAGAAGAACAAGGUGUCUCCUCUUGGCAAUGAUAGUACUGUGGCUGCAGAUGAGCCUAAGAAAAAACAGGCUCUCCUCCCGCGGAUCACAGCCGCCCUGGCAAAACUAUUUUGCUUCCCCUGCAAAAAAAAAUACAAAAGUAACUGUUCAGAAGACGAGUUUGGGAAAACCCUGCUGCCACCUCCCCCAACCCACUUUCUAAAUAAACUCUCAAAGCCAACAGAAGAGGGAGGGAGACAACCCCCCCUACUCACAACUCAUUUUAUUACACCACAUUUAAUUAAAUAAACACAACUUGCAUCUAUUUUGAUCUUCUUCUUGAGUUUUUUUUUUAAAGACCCACCUGCAUGCUAUAGAUUCUUAAGGUCAAUUUGCUGUCUACUACAGUAUCAUUGUUAUGAGUAUGUUCACUGUGCCAGUCGUUAUAGCCAGUAUAGGCUAUAAUAAUGCCCUAACCUAAUUGCAAUUGACAUAAUAAGAGUUACAUUUGAAUAAUUCCCUCAUUUUAUAUAUUUUUUUAGAGGGAAUAAA